GCACUUAUCCAACGGUGAGAAUGUCGGAAGCACGGAGGCAAAACAAUGGCGGCAAGGCUAUUACUACUAAAUUCCAUCUCUGAGCCCCACACCCCAUCCCUCAUAAAAUCAAAAUCUCACUUCUGUCUCUUCGCACAAUUCCAUUACAUAAAUAAUCAUUGCAGCACAACUGAUUUCUCCAAAUCCCUUCAACAAAUUCCCCCUUUUUCUCAAUUUUAGGGUUCCCUCUAAUUCGAUAGGUUCUCAGUAAAGGCGAUUUUGGGUACUGUUGGAAUGAGCGGUUUGGAAAAAGUAGCUAAACCAAAUAGGGAGUGUAGCAUACUUGAAAACAAAUUAUCAUCUGGCAAUGAUGUAGUUCGAUUGAAGAAGAUGAUGAGCUGUCACCGGCGAGAAAUUAAUCUGGGGCGACCAUUUGAUGGAGGAGGAGGAUGUGGGCCCAAUAGCUGUUAUAGCGGCGGAACUACCGAGGCGGUGGGCCAUGCGUACGGUGAUGAUGUUCGUCUUGGUGGUGAAAAUUUUGCCACUAGCGGUACUACUAAUUCGCAGUCUUUUAACAUUUUCGCUGCCGCUCCCUACAAAUCCCCAGAAGAAAUGGCUGCCACCGCGGCGUUCCCUUUCACGUUUGCUCAAUGGAAAGAAUUAGAAAGACAAGCAAUGGUUUACAAAUACAUGAUUUCGUCUGUGCCUGUCCCUCCCGACCUUCUCUUCCCACAUUCAAGAAAUUUCUCUGCUGCACCUCUGGAUUGCGCCGCUUCAUUGUACAAUGUGAGAUAUUCAAGGAAUGGAGACCCGGAACCGGGUAGAUGUAAGAGAACAGAUGGGAAGAAGUGGAGGUGCUCGAGAGAGGUGGCGCCUCUCCAGAAAUACUGUGAGCGCCACCUGCACAGGGGCCGCCCCCGUUCAAGAAAGCCUGUGGAAGUUGAAAACAGUGGCGAAAAUCUCAAAAAAGCUCGCACUGAGAAAAGCCACGUUCCUCCUAGUACUACUAUUUCUGCUACACAAUUUGCUGCAGGGAAUACUAAUAAGCCCCUUUUGCUUUUCAAUGCUAAAAAUGAUCCCAGCGUUUCUGUUGCACCCUCUUCUUACAAAGGACCUACUAGGAAUUCGAGCUUGACGAUGGAGGGACAGAUGGAUGGGAGUGAUCAGCGAUGGCAGCAUUUGAUUGAAUCAAAUAUGGGAUUUGUUAAUGUGGGCACUUCUUCUGUUAAUGACUCUAGUUCCCUUUUUGCUCAAGAUUAUUUGGAGCAGCAGCAGCAGCAGUCAUUGAAUAUGUUGUCCUAUUCAAAUUUCUCAGCCCCUGAAGUCAAUGCCCCCAUUGGUUUCAUCGAUGCUUGGUCGAUCAACAAUCUUGACAGCAGCAAUAGUGGGAAUGCUGAAUCAUCAGUGACAACGAACCGCGGGAACUUGUCUCCUUCACUCAAUCUGUCAAUAGCCAUGGCUGCUGGCGACAUUGUAGAUCAAGCAUUGAGAAGCUUCGAGUGUUGUGAUGAGAAAGAUCCAAGAUGGACUGACCCCCUCUAUUGGGAGCCGUUUGCACGAGGAGGGCCUUUGGCUGAGGCUCUGCAGCCGGGAUCAGUUGCCAUCUCCAGUUGCGACUCAAUAAGCGCCCCGGCUACUAAUGUCUCCUCACCCACUGGUGUUCUUCAUAGGACCAUGUUGUUUUCGCACUCUGAUGGUAGUGUCUGCAGUAGCCCAGUUCCUGCAGCUCCGACAACAGAAAUUGCAUUCAACGGCCUCUACUAAGGCUAGUGAGAAGCUGUUAAUGUUUUUUCUUUUACUUUUGGUGCUGUUAUCAGUUGUUGAAUUUGAUUUCUGGAUGUUUGAAUACUUUGCAUUACUGCAUUAAUUUCAGUGAUUUCAAGUUAUUUUUGAA